CUAAUAACAACACGAAACGAGAUAUUUUACCUUCAACUCCUCGCUAACCAACACCAGAGCUAAAUAAACUCGUCCCGCAGUAGUUGUUCCGACGUUGUGAUCAAGUUCGGCCUCCUACUACCGCGCCAGACAGUACCCCGCUAUUACUAGACAGCCCUCCCUCGCGGCGACAACAAUAGCACCACUUUACUAUUCCCAAAACCUCCGCCCCGCGGUAACAGAGAGUCAAUAGUUAUGAGGCCCACCUCCUCCGAAGCCAUGCACGCGGGCCUUGUAGACGGCAGAUCAAGAAAGUCGUCUGCUGCGGGUCAACAACAACAACACCCGGCGACUCCUGGCACCAACACACCCGGAGAAGAGCAUCAUCAAAUCCAUCCAUCUGCUCCCAUAACCUACUUUUUCGCCGACGAGGCCACGGUCGCCGCUUCCGCAGCUAGUGGAUCAGCUAGUUCGAACUUUGGUUCUAGGGGUUUGGCCGCUUCCGUGGAGGAGUCUGAUCUACGCUGUAAGAAGCCGCCGUCGCUCGCGGAGUAUUCUAGAGCUUCUUGCACCGAGAGUGGGGAAGGGGUGGAUGUGAAUGACGGCGAGGAUGACGAGGCAGAUCAGGACGAGGAGGACGAAGAUGGCCGCGGGCUUGAUGAACGCUCAAUAGCCUCGUUCCAGUCCUCCGCCCACCCUGAGUUUCGUUCACCGCACGGACUUCUGUCUGUGCCUCUAACACCUAUCCUGGGUCCUCAUUCAGAUCCCGAGUCUCCGCGUAGCGCUUCUGGUGUUUCUUACCGAUCUGAGGACAUGCGUAGUGAGCAGGGCGCGGAAUCUUCUGCUAGGAGGCCCAGCUUCACCUCUACAAAGGAGAUAUCGCAGGAAACCCUUGAUGCCCCGCAGCUUAUUAUGCCCGAGAUUACAAUACCGAGCAGAAGACCUUUCACUGACAAGGGGAAGAGAAUAGCGAAGUUGAAGGUUCUGAUUGCAGGUGACUCUGGUAUUGGCAAAACUUCUUUAAUCAAAUCUAUCGUUCAAGUUUGUGAAGAUAUUGUACACGUCGAUCCCAUAUCUUCCAAUAGCUGUCAAACAGGAGCUCGUGCUGGAUCCUCAUACUACGCAAUUAACAGCCGUUCCAAUGGAGACAGCACAAAAGAUAUUACAGAAGUUUACGCGAGCACCCGACCUUAUCCACACUGGUGGUCAGAACUUGAUGAUAGCAGACUUCUUAGGAAGAGAAGGUCAAAACCUGGAAUAGAUGACCAAGUCAUUGAGAGAAAUCUUUGCUUCGUAGACACGCCGGGAUAUGGUGUUGGCACAUCUUUCCUUGAGUGUGUCGAGCCCGUGGUCAGAUAUGUCGAAGGCCAGCUAGAGCGCACGCGCGCCAUUGUGGGUGGAAACAGUGGAGAUCUGCUCCCCUUGCUUUCGGGUGAUGGAACCCCGCAGGUUGAUAUUGUAUUUUAUGCUAUUCUUCAUAGGGUUAAACCUGUGGAUAUUGAAUUCAUCCGCCGUCUUUCACCCUUCACUAGUGUCUUGCCCAUUCUCGCCAAAGCAGAUACCUUAACGCCCCAAAAAGUUCAGAACCUUAAACUAUCAAUAUUGAAUGACCUUCGCGGUGCGGGAGUACGUCCGUUUCUCUUCGGAAAGACGUUUCCCGAUGUCUCGAGGAGCAUGUCUGAAAACAUGCCUUGUGCACCUUUCGCUAUAUCAUCGGCCCUUUCAAGUGACUCGGAGAAUAUGGAUGCCAGCUUGCUUAUGUCUCCCGACUAUGUAGCACCUUUGGUCGGCUCUGAGCUUUCUGAGUUGGUCGGCCACGUGUUUGAUCCGGAUAAUAUCGCUUGGCUAAGACAUGCAUCCGCAAAGAAGUACAUUCAGUGGUCUAAUAACGCUACCACAUCAAACCGUGAAUCAUCCCUGACACGCCUCAAUUCCACCCCUGGCUCACCAAGAUCUAUGAGGAGUACAUCGGCCUCUGUGUUGCUUUCUGCGAGUAAUUCUAGUCUAAUACAUAUUCCCGAUUCAGGUUCACAGGUAGCAGCGAAUAACUUUGCGCUGGCAAGAGUUGCAGACCAUACCCAACGGGAGGAGAGGCUCGCUCAGGUACGGCUCACCCGAUGGGCCCAUGACCUGCAGCGUAGUCUUAAAGCGGAGCGAGAACGCUACGAACGAUUGGCGAGAGGGGAACGUGCUAUUUGGCUCACCGAGAGGUUGGGAGAGUGUAUUGCCGAUGGCCAGUUGGUACCCGCAUCGAUGCCUUUAGCCAACAAGUACACCGCGGUUACGGAUACGCGGGAUGGAAUGGUUAAUGCGAGGGAUCCACUCGGCCUCCUUGCUCUCAAUGAGAACGUUCGACGAAAGGCAGUUCGCCUCUUGAGGAUUGCUGGAUAUGGUGGUAUUGUGGGCUUUGUGAGUUUGUGGGUCUUGAAGCAAUCCGGUCUUGUGAACUUUCAAGGGUUGAAGUGAUAUCUGCGCAUUCCUCCCCCCACCAUCAACUUUAUUUUCUCUAAUGAACUUUCCUUUCAACCUCCUAUGAUUUAUGUCGGUCCUGGUGAAGGGGAAGUGGAAGUUGUGUUUUCUCCUUGUUUCCUUUUAUCAUGCGGUUUGUUAGGUUCCGUUGGCCCCCCCCCUCCCACGCACCUAUCCUUCUCACCUUUCAUCCCUCCCGGGAACGUACAAAAAAGGAAUUAUUUAUCAUUUUAAUUGCACUGACCAAGAUUAAUUUUUUUUUUCUUCCACCCCCUUUUCUCCUGCGAAUCUUGAGUGCUUUGUGGGGAGGGAAUAGGGGAUAUGUCCGGGGAUUAUGGGCCAAGGAAGAUGAAGCCGAUGAUUUGCUAUGUUCCCUCUCUCAUUCCAUUUUCCUUCUUCUACUCUUGUCUUUCUCCUCAUAGAGUGGAUUUCUGGCUCGUCUAGAGGAUGCGAUAUGAUGGCUUCUGACUUUUGUAUGUUCGUUUCUUUGUACUCUACGACGCUUUCCGAGAUGCGUGUGAAUAGUUGUGUCAUGAUACGGGUUCUUUUUA